UGUUAUCCGCCGAGUCCUUCCAAAACACCGCCCGCCCGCCCGCAUCGGAAACCGGAAUCGGAAACAACAGUUUUUAGUCAUGAUAAACAUCUUGGUAUGGAUGACAUUGACACUUUGUGUUGUGGUGAAGGGCCAAAGCAUCAUCGAGGCGAAUACGGAAUUACAGGAGGAGGAACCUCUAAAAGACGCAGCCAUCACGCUGGAAUGCCACCGACGCCUCUACACGUACAGGGUGACUCAAACUGACGAAAAUGGGAGGCAGUGUUGGGAUACGAUUUCAGUAAUGGCUUGCUGGGGUAGAUGCGACUCAAAAGAGAUUUCUGACUGGCGAUUUCCCUACAAGAAGUCGACCCACCCCGUAUGCGUGCACUACGGCCGCAACAGAGCUUUCGUGACACUCCGGCACUGCGAGGAGGGCGUCUUGAAGGGAACAGAUCACUACGAAUAUUUAGAAGCGGACGAUUGCAAGUGCCAACUCUGCUCUUCCUCGGACACGAGUUGCGAAGGACUGAGAUACAGACCGCAUAGAUCUCACCCCGACUCAUUGGGAUUUAGAUACAAUUUUAAGAAGUAAAGUUUUCCCGUGAU